AUGGGUCCUGAGGAAGCAGCGUCCACAAGCAGCUCUAGCGGCAGCAGUGACAGUGGGAACAGCUCCGACAGCGACGGCGAGGACGGUGGCAGCAGGGACGGCCCGGAUUCGGGCGAAGACGUGCCGGAAGCCCCUGAAAGCGAGGAUGAAGAGCCGGCCGAUCCGGAAGUUCAAACUGAAGCCAGAGCAGAGGAUGGAGACCCGGCCGACUAUCCAGAUGAUGACCUGGAGUCAGAGCCGGAGGUGCGAGUGCAGACCCGAACAGCCAUCAUGAAGGAGCGAGCUGCCAAGAGGGCGGCUUCUUCGGCGUUUCUUACUCAGUCAUGGGCCGUUUCUGGCAUGCCAAGUGAUGACGCUGCCGGGCGGUCCCCAGAGUCCCCAAGGUCCCCGGGGCGCGACAUGGAUUGGGAGGAGGGCGUUGACAGUUUCUCACCCAAACGAACUGCCAGGGAACCGAGCGACCUUGAGCCGAGUCCCCGCCGAAAGCCAUCUUGGUGUGGCUGUGUUUCAAGACUGCGCACUCGCUGGGGGGAGCGUUGUGGACCUUGCUUACGGAGGGCCGCACGCUGCUGUGCACCAUGCGCCAGCCUCAUGAGGCUCGUGUCCAGGCUUUGGGUUGCCUUUGAGGCCAGAUGCAAGCCCCUUGCUUUUGGAGUACGUUGCCUUUUCUGUCCCUUUUUCCUGCUACUGGCCGGAUUUCGCUGCUGCUGCGGGACUGGCGGAACCUCGGAAGACUCGGAAGUACCAAGAUCACCCUCCCGCUCCAUGUCCAGAAAGGCAUCCACCCGCUCCAUGUCCCGAGGCUUCUCGCGAGGUUUCUCCCGAAGUGGCAGCAUGGCAGCGAGAGGCAGCCGGCUGCGCAAGAGCGGCACCUUGUCGACGCGCUUCUCCGAAGGCCCGAGCCAUCAGCCAAAGAGCACCAUCAAGGUGACGCAUCCUCGCCUGCCUCGUCAGGAGGAGGUUCAGAAGAAGGCCUCUGCGAGGGAGCGGUUCCGCGAGUUGCGGCGCGAGAUGACUCAUGAUGCUGGGGAGAUGGAUGCCCAGCAGAUGGGUGGCACUUUGGAUCAUCGACAGAGCAGCUUGAAGCUCCAGUCCCUGAAGUCGGGGGUAGGGAAGUCUCUUACCAAGUCGCUGCAGCGCGGGGAGAGUAGCUUCUCCGAGAUUCCCGAGCCCACCGGGCUCGCUGCUUUGGACUGGACUGCAUGGCUUCCGUGGAACUGGGCUUCCACCUUUGAGGUCUGGAAGGAGUCUCGCAUUGAGAUGUGGGCGGGUCUUGAAAAAGUUCUGGAGGAGAUGGAGAAGGAGGAUCAGAUCAAGUGCGACUCAGAAGGUAUCAGGCGAUGGUCGCUUGAGCGAAAGUACCUCCGCGCGCGGCGAACCUUCAUUUUUGCAUAUUGGGAUCCCUUCUUGGAUAUCUUGCCCAGAUGGAAGACGGUAGUUGCUGUUCUGACGGGCUCCCUCCUGCUGAUUCCAAUAUCAGGCUUCGUACUGGCAUCUGUGCUGCUGGUCUCGAGUAUUCUGCGCAACAUGGAGUAUGUGGAAGGGAACUGCCAGAUACAGGCCCUGCCAGAAGCCUUUGUGACAAGCAAGGGCGUCGUGACAGAAGUCAGCGGGAAGUACCUGAUCCGGCGCUUCUAUGCUGCAUCCCCCGAUCGGACGGAGGGCUUCGUGCUGCAAGCUUGCGACAUUCGAGUGCCCUGUGAACACGAGGACAUCGCUCUCACGGGCUUCCUGGAGCGGGAGAAGUGCGACAAGUUUCGGAUUUGGGCCUGGCGAGAUCCCGUGGUCUGCUACUAUCAUCAGGACGACGAGUAUGCAACUGAGGGCCGCGACCUCCUCUGUCUUUCCAGACCCAGUGACCUUCAGGAGGAGAUCUUCGGGGUCGUCAUCGCCGGUGCGGCGGUGCUGGUUGCGGUUCUGAUCAUCGUGGUCCUGCUUAUCCGCCGGGCGCUCGAGCAACGGGAAGCUCAGAGGUUCCAGGAGGAGUUCGAGCGCGAGCUCGAGAAGCAAAGGGUGGAAGCCGAGGAACGCGAGAUCGAGGAGGAAACUCGGAGGCAGAAGGAGGAGAACCAGAAGCAAGCAGAUGCAGAUGCAGAGGCAGAGGUGGACAACGUGGAUGACCUCGAAUGGGCCACUGAGAGAUCAAAAUCGCUACUGAAACAGCCGACGCGCCUGACUAUGUCCCAGUUUAACCACAGCAGAGACUCAGGCAUUGUGAGCGAGUCUCUCGCAUUGGGUCGCAGUCAAAGCCGGGGUGUGAUGAGUCCUCCCGCGGUCUAG